CACGAGAGGAAAAAAGCCAAUAAAAUACAUGACUGAAUUCGGAGUAUUCGAUGGAUACCAAUUCAAAUUACAAAGAAAUUAACCCACAGUAGAGUGAAAAAGCUCAUCAAUUCCGUUGUUUAGCAAGAUUGAAUUCUGAGUAUUUGUUUGUGAAAAGCAAUAGGAAUAUAUCCAAAUCUACAAUAUACUAAAGCCCAAAAACAAACAAUAUUCCACCGACCUGGUUGGUAGGCGGACCAGCAUCUUGUGCCGUGCCAACACAAUCAACUACCUUUUCCAAUUAAAAAGGUGUAGACCCUUUGUCUUCUUCAAUUCGGAGGUAAAUAAAGAAGAAAAUAAGAAAAUAAAAUGCUGACUGGCAGAAUAUUUACCCACCUAAUAAUUCAUAUCCAUACCCCGGCCUUUCUUCGAUUGUGAAUGACUGAACUAAUGAUUUCAUCCUAACAAAUGUGGGAGUGAGGUGAUUGGGCCAGCAGAUUGGAGAAGCGAAAAAAAUGGGAUCAGAGGGGCGCCCGGGGACUGUAAUUCAUGUCACUGGAUUCAAAAAAUUCCAUGGAGUUGCAGGGAAUCCAACAGAAACAGUAGUGGGUAAUUUGCGGGAAUAUGUAGGUAAAAGGGGCCUGCCUAAUGGAGUCACUCUUGGUAGCUGCACGGUAAUUGAGACGGCAGGAAAAGGAGCUCUCAAUGCUCUUUACACUCUUCUUAACUCCGCUUUCCCUUCAAAUGAGGAGGAUCCUCAACUCCUGCCUGAAUCCUCUAAUGCUGAGAGGAUUAUUUGGUUGCACUUAGGAGUGAAUGCCGGUGCUACGAAAUUUGCUGUUGAAUGCCGGGCAUUGAAUGAAGCUACAUUUCUCUAUCCUGAUGAGCUGGGUUGGCAGCCUCAGAGGGAGCCCAUCGUUCCUGAGGAUGGUGACACUUCACAUAUAAGAGAGGCUAGCUUGCCUGUGAACGAAAUUGUGCAAGCUUUGAUUAAGAAAGGUUAUGAUGUCACUGCAUCCAAUGAUGCUGGCCGCUUUGUCUGCAAUUAUGUGUACUACCACUCACUUCACCAUUCUACCAAACGUGGCUCCAAAUCUCUCUUUGUACAUGUUCCACUUUUCACAAAGAUAAAUGAGGAAAUUCAGAUGCAAUUUGUUGCAGCGCUUUUAGAGGUUUUGGCAUCCAUCUGACAACUUCCUCUGCGUUUGGAUUCCUAUGGAUUCACACCCAUGCUACAGCACAAUAGCAGUGCCUAUGCACAUGUUUGGAAGAGACACUUAUAAUUUGAGGAAACAUUUUGUCAUAUUCUUCCAAUGAGAAGUUUAUAAAUUAAACGUUAGACAAAACAAAUGAUACAGAGUAGGACAAAACAAAUACAGAAAAUCUGGGCGUUGAAAUAUAUUUUGUUUCCUGCGCUAGAUUUAUUUUCAAUUGAUUUCCCUGUCAAGUGAUGGAAAAGAUUAUAAAGGAUAUUGCGAAGAUUGAUAGGUGAGGAGAACCUGCCAUUUUUGCUUAAAAUUUCUUAAUGGGAAUGCUUGAUAUUAGAUAUGAAUGAAUUCACCCUGAAAGAAUAAGCAUGAAAUAAGGUGACUGGCUAUAUUAGCUUACUUGUCUCUGCACAGCAUUUAGAGAUUCGUACAUUACCAGUGAUGCUGAUACUAGACUAUUUGAUAAAUAAAAUCUAUGUAGCGUGUAA